AAGGGACACUAUGAGCUCAUAAGGAGCUCGGUACUGCUCGCCCCUUACUUCCUACUAAACCUUCAACAUCAGAAACUUGGCUAACACGCAAUCGAUAGGCCCACCACUCUCAAAAGAAAAUCGCUAUGAUUUUUAUAAACCUAGACAAGAUUAUCGGAGCCUAAUUCAACCUCAAGUUUAAAUCACAAUGGCUCUUAGCUUCUUCCUAGAAUCCUUUAACCUCUCCCCCACCGCCACCAUCCUCAUCACCAUCCUAACCCUCGUCCUCACCCUACAGCACCUCUCCCAGCGCAAGCUCGACCCGCGGGAACCCCGCGUCCUCGCGCCGCCCGUCCCCGUGAUCGGGCACCUUCUCGGCAUGGCGCUGCUCGGCGGGCGGUACAUCAAGAACCUGGGGAUCCGGCACCGGGAACUGCCCAUCUUCACGCUUCCCGUCCCGGGGUCGCGCAUCUACGUCGUCGCGGACCCGUCCCUCGCCGCCGCCGUGCAGCGCGCGUCCAAGGUCCUCUCCUUCACGCCCAUCGUGCCCGACGUGACCGAGCGCGUGCUGGGGCUCGACCACGCCACCAUGGAGAUCACGCGCCGCAACCUCGAUCCGGCCCCCGGCGACGAGCGGGGCUUCCUCGCCGACAUCCAGGACAUGGUGUACGCCUGGCUCGGGCCGGGCUCCUACCUCGAGGAGCUCAGCCUCGCCGCGGCCCGCGAGAUGCGCGACGAGAUCUCCUCCGUGCCCCUAAACCCCGCCGAGCCCACGGACCUGCUCUCCUGGGUGCGCCACCUCGUCACCGUCUCGACGGCGAAGUACCUCUACGGGCCGCAGAACCCCAUCGCCGUGGACCCGUCUCUGGAAACCUCGUUCUGGGACUUCGACCACGGGCUGGGCGCCCUGCUGAUGAACAUUCUCCCCUCGAUCACGGCUCGCAAGGCGUACUUGGGCCGCGAGAAGUUAUCAACAGCGUUGCUUGCGUACCUAGAAGCGGGCCUGCAUAAGACGGGAUCAGCGAUCGUGCAGCAGCGCGUGGAGAUCGCGCUCGGGCACGGGUGGACGUUGCCAGCCGUCGCGCGCGAGGAGCUCUCCUUCCUAUUCGCGGGCAUUGUCAACGCCACUACAUCCACGUUCUGGAUCCUAGUGCAACUAUACGCCGACCCCUCGCUGCUAGCCAGCGUCCGAGAGGAAGUCCAAGCUCUUCUCGAGAACCCCGGACUCGAUUCGUCUUCAGGGCAGUCUAGGCUACACCUCACGGACCUCCGAGACGCCUGCCCCAUUCUCGUGGCCGUGUACCGCGAGUGCUUGCGCCUCGGCUCCGACACCUAUUCCACACGCCUAGUGAAGCAGGACCACAUGCUCGCGAACCAGUAUUUCCUAGCCAAAAACUCGGUAGUUCAGAUCGCAGGCGGCGUCAUCCACGCCGAUAGCCGGAUCUGGGGUGAAGACGUUGAUUCGUUUAACCCUAAGCGCUUCUUAGCCGCCCAAGCAGGGGACGUGGGAGAAGCAAAGGGGGGAAAUGGUGUGGCGGCGAAAGCAAAACAGAACAAUUCAUUCCACCCCGCAGCCUUUCGGGCCUUCGGUGGGGGGAAGACGCUGUGCCCCGGGCGGCACUUCGCCAUGAACGAGAUACUGGCUUUCGUCGCGCUAGUAGUGCUACAAUUUGAUGUGAAACCCGCGCGCGGGGACAAGAUCGAGGUUCCUCGGAAGAACGACGGCGUCUUGCCGGUUCAUAUCCUAGAACCGAUAUGCCCAGUUGAGGUGUUGAUAUCAAGGCGUGAAGAUUCUUUCGCUUGGAAGGCACGGAAUGCCGAGUUUGUCAUGUAGAUGACUAUUGACGUGGAUGGUAUUCUAUCUUAUAAGAGUCUUAAGCUGUUCAUAUGAUGACGAUGGGUAGGUAUAAAUGGGUUAUGCUGAAAGGGAAUGGUUAUAUCGGAAGCAGGUUCGGGUUAUCAGAAUACCUAACGGGCAAGGAGAUGGGUGGUUUCU